ACUACCUAAAAGCUAAGAAACAGAAAGAUUAACAUGAAUAAAUUGACAUGCCCUGUUCUAUAUUCUUAUCAGAGCUUAAAAGUGGCUUCUCAUUUUUCUAAAAUAUGGCAUGUGCAAAACUCAUAACGUUGGUUUAUUUCAGGUUCAACACAAGAAAAUUUCACGGAACUGCCAACAGAUCAAUGACCUCAAAUUGGAGAGGUGUUAUGGAGGAAGAGUUAGAAAGUGGAAAGCAAGAAGAAACUCAGCACCCAGUUUGCAUAUACAGGGUUCCACAUAACAUGCGGAGGGUCGAACCAAAAGCCUACAGACCCAACAACAUCUCCAUCGGUCCUUGUCACCAUGGAGCACCCCACUUGAGAAACAUGGAGGAUCUCAAGACAACAUUCUAUCGCCGCCUCUUCAACAAUCAUGCUAAUCAACCCAAACUAGACCAGGCUUUUAAGUUCCUAGAGGAACAACAAACCAACGUUCGAAGAUGUUACAACGAGGAGAUCAAAUUCAGCAGUGACGAGUUUCUACAAAUGAUGCUAGUUGACGGCUCUUUCAUCGUUCAGCUCUUGAGGGAUCUAUCAGCGUGUGAUUUCCAAAAUGUCGCUCCUUGUCUCAGCCCAUGGAUGUUGCCCAUCAUUCGUCGCGAGAUGAUAAUGCUUGAAAACCAGCUCCCCAUGUUUGUUUUGAGCGAGUUGUUCGAGUUAACUAGUGUUGUUUCUGCUUCUUCAAGACCAAAUCUCAAAGAUCUUGCUCUUCGAUUCUUUUAUCCUUUGCUGCAGGUGGAUUCGGAUUAUACACUGGAUACUAAGAAAGCUGGUGAGUUAAGAGGGCUUCACUUCCUCGAUCUUCUUAGGUCAGCCAUUAGGCCAGAUCUGGAGGGAGAAAAACCAAGAAACUUUCAACCUCACAUGAUUCGUUCUGUAACGGAGCUCAUAGAGGCUGGUGUGAAGAUCAAAGUAGAUGAGAGUAAGCAGUUGCUUAACAUAAGCUUUGGGAAAAAAUGGGGUUUUCUAACAAGACAACUCACUGUUCCUCCUUUGUACAUCAAUGACCACAGAGGCACUGUGUUUCGUAACAUAGUUGCUUUUGAGAACUGUCACAAGGAUUGCAACCCUGAUGUCACAACCUACUUGUUUUUCUUCAACGGACUCAUCAACUCUGCACGUGAUGUCUGUCUUCUUCAUUACAAAGGAGUGCUUCACCAUUCUCUUGGCAAUGAUAAGACUGUCUCUGAACUAAUCAACAACAUCACCAAAGAAAUUGUUCUUGACAAACAUAAGUCCUACUUGCACAAAGUGGUGAAUGACGCAAAUAAGUACUUUGCUUCCUUCUAUGCGAGAAAAAGAGCUUCUUUAGUGCAUCACUAUUUAACCAGCUGGGUGGUGGGGGUUUCAACAAUUGGUGCGGUGUUUGGUCUUUACUGCACUUUCAUUCAGACUGUGCGUUCAUUCGCAGAUUCAUUGGAAGCCUUUAAAAACAAAAGCUUUGGAUCUGUCAUUCUAGAUAUUUUUUGUGUGCCAUUUUGUGGUAUUCGUUGGCUUUGGAAUGAACGUAAAUCUAUUAGCCGUUGGGUUUGGAAAAAGGCAAAAGAGAUCCUCACUAGAUCCGAUUAGGUAUUCUGGAUCAUCACGAUACAACAACACUGUGCUCUUUGCUUUCCAUGUAUUAUAUGUGAGGGGCCACUCUCACAAGCUGUGAUUACUCAUAGUCCAUGUGCUGCCAAAUAAAACCCUUACCUUCUUGCGUGCUCUUUUGUUUUGUGCGUGCCUUCUGU